UAGCGCCAUUAGUGCCCUCUAAGAAAGCAAUCAAAUUCAGAGGAGACAAAAUCCCUAAAUAUUCCAAAGAAAUAGUCGCAAAUCAGAACACAAACACAUUCAAUAAAGUGCAUUAUUAUUCAAAGAUAAAAAUGAGCUGUGAAGACGAAGUCAUGAAGAUCGGGAAGAAGUUAGAAAAGAUGAUUUCCAACAACAGUGCCGAUCACGGAGGUGCAGAUGAUUUAUUAAACAGAUUAAAAGACAUUCCUAUGACCCUCACUGUAUUACAGAAAACUAGAAUUGGAAUGACAGUUAACAACUUUAGAAAAGCGGCAUCAAAGGAUGAGAUAGUGGUUCUUUCAAAGACUUUAAUCAAGAGCUGGAAAAAACUUUUGUCCACAGAUUCCACACCAUCGAAACCUGAUAAAAAGGAAAAAGAAAGGGAGAAAUCUUCAGGAUCACCUGACCAGUCUGACAAUAAUUCAGAAAUGUCAGAGUCCAUGGACAGUCAGAGCAGCCAGGGGAAGACACUGAUGAGACAGGACUCCGAGGCUUCCUUAACUAACGAUCCAGUCAGACUCAAGUGUAGGGAGCUUCUGGCUGCUGCACUCAAACUGGAUGAUGACACUAUCAUUCCAAAUGCACAGAGUGCAAUAGAUCUUGGAGGAAAAAUUGAAGAUGCUAUAUUUUUGGAAUUUAAGAAUACAGAACAGAAAUACAAAGCUCGGAUAAGAAGUCGUGUCGCCAACUUGAAAGACAAGAAAAAUCCCAAACUAAAGGAAAGAGUUAUAAUGGGGUUGAUACCUCCAGAGAGCAUUGCAAUAAUGACAGCUGAUGAAAUGGCAAGCGAUGAAAUGAAACAAUUGAGAGCCAAAUUCACCAAGGAGUCCAUUGAUGAUCAUCAGAUGGCCAAACAAGAGGGUACAGUCACAGAUCUGUUCAAGUGUGGAAAGUGUGGCAAGAAGAACUGUACAUACAAUCAGCUACAAACGAGAAGCUCUGAUGAACCUAUGACGACGUUUGUUUUCUGUAUGGAGUGUGGUAAUCGAUGGAAGUUUUGUUAAUAACAUGAAGAUGUGUACUCUCGUCAUAACUGGAAGGACUGUUGGAACUGAAAAUGAAGUUAUGUAUUAAAGACAGCCCAAAAAAAACAACUAUGAGAUUGUAAUCUGUGAUUGUUUUAAGUCACUAUGAUCCAGAUUCCGAAUGGUCCAACCUCCAUUUUCAUCUGUAAAAUAAGCAUACACAUUCACCAUUUUGUACAGAUUUUCUAUUCCCUCGGAUUUCGUGUCAUAUCAUAUAACUAUUUCUCAUGUAGAUUCUCGUUUUCUUUAUACAUAUGCUUGCUGAAGUUCAUGUCUCUGUGUGAUAACUUGUCAUUUUAACAUUUUGGUUGCAAGAGUAUUAUAUUUCAUAAAAAUUUAGAGUUUUGAUGUGAACUGUACAUUGUUGAUUUUAACACUUAUUUUCUUUUGGGAGAUUAUUUAUUGUUGAAGUAUUACGGUGUUUGGUUUUGAAGAAGCUAGAAAGAACCUAUAUAUGUAUAGUUGUCAACUUCUGAUUUGGAACCAAUUUCUCUUGUUCAAAAAUGUUAUCUGUAAAAGUCAAUAAUCAUCAAAGCUUUCCAUCAAGAAUACAAGGUUGACACAUUUUAUUUAUAUUUGUAAGGAAUCACCUCUGAAAGAUACAUUUAAUACAAGUACAUACUUGUAUCAUAUAGGAAACUGGUACAGAUUUUUCCAAUUCUGUAAAAAAUAAUUGGUUUAAAGACAUUUUUGACAUUUGGGGGAGGGGGUGUGAUUUUAUUAAGCUGCACAGAUUUUUACCCAGCAUUUGUUUCAUGUGGUAAAACAUUUCACAAAAUGCUGUGCUAUUUAUAGUUUACAUAUUCAUACUACAUAGUGUGAACAGAGAUUUACAAUGUUACUAAAUGUCCUUUUGUUAAGAUUUACCUUGUACAAACAGUGGAAUGUACAUUUAAUUUAUAAUAAUGUUACCAGAUGACUUGUUAUCAAUAAAGAAGCGUCAAUAUGAAUACAA